AUGAGGGCGGCCCUGGCGUUCCUCCUGCCGCUGGCGCUGGCGCUGGUGGCGAGCGGGCAGCGCCGCAAACCCCCCCGCAGACCCACGCGGCCUCCCCUGCCCUUCGAGGAGCCCGUGGAGCCCACAGAGCUGCCCCCUCCCCUCCCUCCGGGCCCUCCGUCCGUGUUCCCCGACUGCCCUCGGGAGUGCUACUGCCCGCCCGACUUCCCCUCGGCGCUGUACUGCGACAGCCGCAACCUGCGCACGGUGCCGCUGAUCCCGGCGCGCAUCCACUACCUGUACCUGCAGAACAACUUCAUCGCCGACCUGCCCGAGGAGUCCUUCCGCAACGCCACCGGCCUCAAGUGGGUCAACCUGGACAACAACCGCAUCCGCAAGGUGGACAGGAAGGUGCUGGAGAAGCUGGAGAACCUCAUCUUCCUCUACAUGGAGAGGAACCAGCUGAAGGAGGUGCCCGCCUUCCUGCCGCCCAACCUGGAGCAGCUGAGGCUCAGCAGGAAUCAGAUCUCCAAGAUCCCCGCCGGGGUCUUCAACAAGCUGGAGAACCUGGUGCUGCUGGACCUGCACCACAACAAGCUGAGCGACGGCGUCUUCAACAAGAACACCUUCAAGGGGCUCAAGAACCUCAUGCAGCUCAACCUGGCCCACAACAUCCUGAGGAAGAUGCCCCCCGGCGUGCCCAGCGCCAUCCACCAGCUCUUCCUGGACAGGAACAACAUUGAGGACAUCCCCAGCGAUUAUUUCAAGGAGUUUCCCAACCUGGCGUUCAUCCGGCUCAACUACAACCAGAUCUCGGAUAAGGGGCUGCCCAAAAAUUCCUUCAACCUCACCAACCUGCUGGUGCUGCACCUGGCCCACAACAAGCUCACCAACGUGCCCUUCAUCAGCCCCAAGCUGGAGCACCUCUACCUGAACAACAACUCCAUCGAGAAAAUCAACGGCACGCAGAUCUGCCCCACCUCGCUGAUGUCCAUCCAGGAUUUCUCUCCCUCCGACCUGGACAGCGUCCCCCGGCUGCGCUACCUGCGGCUGGACGGGAACCUGCUGAAGCCGCCCAUCCCUCUGGACCUGAUGCUGUGUUUCCGCCUGCUGCAGUCCGUGGUGUUUUAGCCCUGCCCCGCCUCUCCCAGGCCCGGCUCUGCUCGGACUUUUCAGACACGUGGGACCCUCU